AUGAUAUUUCCAUUGCAUUUAAAGACCAGGCGACCGUGCGCUGUUGUACUGUGCCCUACGAGGGAGUUGUGUGAGCAGGUUUUUCGAGUUGCGAAAUCAAUUAGUCAUCAUGCAUGGUUCAGGUGCACAAUGGUAAGUGGUGAUGGCCGUAUUAGGCCUCAAAAGGAUCCACUUAAUGACCCCAUUGAUAUGGUAGUUGGUACCCCUGGAAGGAUUCUUCAACAUAUUGAGGAGGGCAACCUGGUGUAUGGCGACAUCAAAUACUUGGUCUUGAAUGAGGCAGAUAUAAUGUUUGAUCGUGGCUUUGGUCCUGAUAUACGCAAUUUUUUGGCCCCAUUGAAACAUCGUGCAUCAAAGUCUGAUGGCCUAGGUUUUCUGACCGUCUUGGUAACCGCAACAAUGACAAAGACUGUGCAAAAGCUAAUUGAUGAGGAGUUUUAGGGCAUUGUACAUCUGCGAACAUCAACAUUGCAUAAAAAGAUUUCUUCUGCACAUCACAAUUUUAUUAAACUUUCAGGUUCUGAGAACAAGCUGGAAGCAUUACUUCAGGUACUUAUGCCAAUCCGAGCAAAAGGCUACAAGGUGAUGGUUUUUUGCAAUACUUUAGACUCUAACCGUGCGGUGAAUCACUACCUUAUUGAAAAUAUGAUUCCUACUAUCAACUACCAUGGGGAAGUACCAGCAGAGCAAAGGGUUGAAAACCUCAAUAAAUUUAAGAAUGACAUUGAUGAUUGUCCAACAUUAGUUUGCACAGACUUGGCCACUAGGGGUCUGGACUUGGAUGUAGAUCAUGUUGUUAUGUUUGACUUCCCCUUGAACUCUAUCGAUUACCUUCAUCGGACUGGUAGAACUGCUCGUAUGGGUGCAAAAGGGAAAGUAACCAGUUUGGUUACAAAGAAGGACUUGAUCUUGGCCACUAAAAUAGAGGAGGCAAUGAGGAAGAAUGAGAGUUUGGAGGCUAUCAUGAAAGAAGGAGUACGAAGGGAUAUAGCCAGGACCCAAGUUAAUGGGCAGAGUGGGAAGGACAAAAAAUUAGUUAAAGUUUCUAAAGUUAAGAACAAUCCUGGUGGACGUGCCAGUUUAGGGAAUAAAUGA